AAGCCUGGACUUUGAUCAAAACCUUCCCUUUGCGCCUGUAAGCCAUUUGGAACUUUCCUUGCUGAAAAUGUCAAAGAACGCUUUUUCACAGCUGUGAAUUUGUUGGAGGGCACGGGAGCCGUUUGGGGAAUGGCGUUGCGUGGCGACAAUAUGGCGCCCCCUCCUGUCAAUUUCCACACUUUUGUUUUCUUCGGAGCGGAGCCCCUCCCAGGAAGUGACGUGGGCCGCGCAGCCAAUCUGCGGCACAAACGCCAAACUCAACCGGAAGCCCCCUCCCCUCGCCCGAGCCCCCAACCAGUUUUCGUCUGUUACCGACCCAAAUCGCGCGCCCGGCACGGCCCGGCCCGGCCCGGCCGCGUUCGUCCCUCGAUUGAGUUCUCCGCUUGAUCCUCCCUCUGCAGGUAAGAACGGUUACGCUCGGUCCGGUUCGGCCCGCGUGGCCGCUGCGCAGAGGGAGCGCCGGAGGAGGAGGGGGGCGGUCCUCCCCGAAUAAAACGCACCGCAACUGAGUGAGCGCUAGGCGGGUACCGACCCGAAAAGAACCGAACUGCGUUCGUUCACGUCCGCUUCGAGCCUCUUUCCGCUCUCUUGGCGGGCCCGCUUUGAGCCGUCGCGACCGGAGACAGAAGAAGAAAAACGGGAAAUUAGACGAGCGGGAAUGGGCCGCAGCGACCCCUGCGGCCGCCGCCACGCAGUACGCCCAAACAGCCGAAACUAACGCUAACCUUCGUCUUAGCUGUGAAACAAACCAAACACAACUCGAUUCAUUUCGCUCCCAUUUUGUUCGUGUCGAUUAAAAGCACAAGGAAUUUGUCUCCGGUAUUUUCAGCCACUCCAGUAUGACAACAACAGACAGAACGACAGAAUACUUUGGAGACAAAGACGUUGAGAUAACAAUGGCGGAGCAAUCAAGGUUGCUAGCAGUCUGGCAAUGAAAAUACACUUUUUUUUUUUUUUUUUUUUUGACAAUCGUGCAAAAGAAUGCAAAGUCUUCCAGAAUUGACAGCAGUUAGAAAGCCUAGUCCGGAGCAACGUUUGCAGUGUUGGGUAGCUGGUGAGCGGGAAGUGGAGGCUCCGAGAGGAUUUUGCAUGCACUUGGCGAGUUUGGCUGCGAAUAUCGUAUUGGCGGCUCUUUAACGCUUUGCCAGUCACACCCAUUCUUUGACUCCCCAGUUGACUCCUGGUGGUGUCUCCGCAGCAGCUCCGCAGGUGCCGGUCCGACGGAAGGGUCGCCGCCAUUCUUGGCCCGUCCGGCCGCACUCAUUGCUUUGGUCUGGUCUGGUCUCGCAACAUGGACACAGAGUUGUUUAUGGAGUGUGAGGAGGAGGAGCUGGAGCCGUGGCAACAGGUGGACGACGGCGUGGAUGAAGACGACGGCGAUGGCGCCUGUCAACCAGCUUCUUUGUCAUCGUCUUCAUCACUGUGGAAACCGCCUCUUCCGGCCAUCCCUGCCUCCCCUCUGGUGUCUCAGGCCCCGCCCCUCAUCUUGACGCAGACCGGAGGGGGGGCGCACCUCCUCCUCACCACACAGGCGUUUCCCCUGCCGUCGCCCAGACCUUCGCUUUUCGUCACCCUUCCGCAGAUGCCCCCGCCUGCGGUACGACCCGGCGCGGGCGUGUCCUCUGGCCAGCCCCGGGGCCACGGCUUUCCUCCCGCUCAGCUGGCCCUCCGUGCCAGCAGGGGGCACCAAGUGAACGUUCACCUGCCUCAGCCGGGUGACGCCAAAGCCUCCAACUCGUCAGCUCCCGGCCGCGCGACGGCCGCCAAGGUGGUCCUGAGCGUGGACGAGUUCUACUACGGGACGGCCGGGGGAGAUCAGCCCCUGAGGAGGAAGUAUCAGCAGCAGGCGCUCAAAGCAGACACCUUCGGCUGCAACAUUUGCGAGCGCGCGCUCAGCGACAACCUGAGGUUGGUGCAGCACACACUUCAGCACUCGCCGCUGAUCCGAGGAGGCGACGACCAGAAAAUGUGCGCCUUCUGUUUCCGCCAGUUUUCCAGCGGCGCCCAUCUUCGGGGCCACCGCGAGCGGGUUCACGGCCCCGCGCCCUCCUCUUGUACGUGUCGCAUCUGCGAGUGGGCCUUUGACAACGAGUCGGCGUUCCUCAACCACAUGAAGGCCAAUCACAAGCCGGGAGAGAUGCCCUACGUCUGCCAGGUGUGCUUCUACCGCUCGUCCUUCUACUCGGAUGUCCUGCAGCACUUCGCCAGCUUCCACCGAGAUUCGCGCUAUCUGCUUUGCGUCUUCUGCCUGAAAGUCAGCAGGAACGUGGUCAGCUACCAGAAGCACGUCCUGCGCCACCAGGCGGGCCAGGCUUUCCACUGCAGCCGAUGUCGCCUUCAGUUUGCCUUCCUGGCGGACAAAAAGCGCCACAAGCUGGAACGCCACCGCAGCGUCCGGAGGCCCGCCAAGCUGGACGGGCUGCCCCUCGGUUCAAAGGUGACCAUCCGCAUGUACGGGAAAAGAAGACUUCCGGUGGCGGCGGUCGGGGGCGGGGCCCGACUCCUGCAGGGCCCCGCCUGCCUCAUCCAGCCCAUGAAGAUCAAGACGGAGCGGCAGAAAGGGAGCCCUCCGUCGGCCGACCCCCCCCGCUAUCCACCUGACGGGCAGGGCCCGGUGCGGAGCGGCAGGUUGUUUUGUUUGGAGUGCGGCGGAGAGGUGUCGGACUUUUCGGCGCACUACCCCACACACGUGCGCUGCCUGCUCUGCGCUUUUGCCAGCUGCUGCUCUCGGGCGUACGCCGCCCACAUGAUCCGCCACCACGUGCCGCACACCAAAGACCAACUUCUUCCUCUGCAUCGGCGUCCCCCCCCCUGUCCUUUCUUCCUGCUGUGUUCCUGCUGCGACUUCGCAUCCGUGUCUGGGGACAAGAUGGCCGAACACCUCCUGGUCAACCCGGAGCACCGGAGCGCCACCUGUCGCUCCAGGGUUUACGUUGAACCAGACAUCCCGCUGUGUUCAGACGAAGAGAUACCAAGCACUGUCGAGCCUGACGAGCCGGUUCAGGACGAGGACUGGAGGUUGGCGGACAGUUGGAAGCAACCAGAGGAGUACCUUGACGGAAAGACCCGCAUUGCGCCUUUCACUCACCCCUGCGGACCUCGUCAGCCGCUACUGAAGAACGGUGACGCCGUGGAUUUCUUCAACCUGUUGUUCCCCGCGGCGCUGGUAGAACUGAUCACCGCCGAGACAAAUGCCCACGCCAAGACCUGCCGCUACCUGGGCUCGGGCUGCCAGGACUGGGUUCCGGUCACCCCCCAAGAAAUCAAAGCGUUCCUGGGUCUGUGUAUCCUGAUGGGACUUCAAAACCUCCCUGAGCCGUCUCAGUACUGGUCCUGGAAUGAGCGCGAGGACGGCCCCACCUUCCAGCGUACCAUGAGCCCGGAACGCUUCAAGCAACUGGCGUCCCACAUCCGCAUGGGAAGCUUCAAUGCUGACGAGUAUGAGCCUGGCCGCAAAGCCAGCGACCCACUGCGUGUCUUCAGGCGCAUGCUGGACAUCCUGACUGGGGCCAUGUGGGACGCCUAUCAGCCCAACUGCUGCCUGACUGUGGACCGAGCGCUGCUUCCCGGUCUGGAGGGGGACUUCAGAACGAGUACCUCCAGGAGUCAGCCUCAGGUGUGGCUGCUGUGUGACUCCAAGUCUGGCUACUGCCACCGCCUCGUCAUCCAGAUGGGUGAGAAGGUGAGCCAGGAGGCGGGCUUUGACGUGGUGCAGGAGCUAGUCGAGGGUCUGGAGAACAAGCACCACCAGAUCUACUUGGCCAAUGCGCUGACAUCUGUACCCCUGGUGCAGAAGCUUCUGGCGCAAGGUAUCUACACCUCCAGCUCCUUCCCGCCUCCCAACCGCAUCCUGCCUGCGGCACUCUGGGAGGAUGGCCGGCUGGACAAGCCCGGGGACUUCCUGCAGAGGUGCUGGGGUUCCCUACUGGCCACACGCUGGAGGGACACCAAGGAGAUGGGCUGCCUGUCCACAAAUGCCCACGCGGGGGAAGCAGACACUGUGUGGAGGCGGUCUCUGACCAACGCGGGUGGCUUGGAUCCCCUGACUCGGCCAAUGGCCUUCAGACUCCUACAGGAGAACAUGCGAGGCGUGGACAUCUGCAAACAGUUGCUGGCCUGCAACCCUCUGGGUGGAAUUCUGCAGGACCGACACUGGCGUGGUCUCUUUUGGUUCCUGGUCAACCUGAGCGUGGUCAACGCCUUCAUCAUUCUGCGCGAAAGCCGCAAGGACAGCCCGCCAGCCUGGGUGCGGGACGGCCUCUUCACCCAGGUCAACUUCCGCAGGCGUCUGGGUGUCCAGCUGGCCGAGUGCGCCCACAAACCGCUGGAAAAGAGCGGCGUGCGGCGGUCCAAAGCGGAAAGGGCGGAUCAAAACGUCCAACGACAACACCGGAUGGGCAAGAUUGGCGGCUGCUCCAAGAGGUGCCAACACUGCGAUGGGAACAAGGAUGGCGCCUGGGGGUGCGUCGUAUGUGGAGUGGGACUGUGCAAGGAGCCACGAUGCUUCUGGGAGUUUCACGGACUGUCGCCUCUCAACCAAGGCCUAACGGACGUGGGAUUCCUGGAAAGUGGCCGGAGCGGCGAGGUGGAGCCUGACAAAGUCCAUGACCACCUGGCCCCUCUGGAGGACUUGGACUUCUCUGAAGACGAGUGUCCAAACGAGCCAGAGGAAAGCGAUUCUAUAAAAGAGGAGGCCCUUUCCCCCCCCUCACCUCAUCCCACAGAUCUCAGCAGGCAGACGGCCACUCCCGUCCCCAAAGAAAGAGUCGACUUCCUGUCGGCUCACCAGUUGAGGGUGGCGCUUCUGGCUUUAUGCGGAGGACUGCGCCAAGCUUCCACGGUCUUCGCCACUGAGCUGCAACUUAUCCGGUUCUGGCUGAAGGAGGCCAGGAAGCAUCUGAAGCAAAAGAGCCGUGAACUUGAGGUCCCCGUCCAAGGGGUUGGCGAGGCCUGCCUGGUGGCAUGGGUGCUGAGCCAGCGCGAGCAGCAGCUUCCUGUCAGCGAGAGCGUCUUCUUCCACAAAGCGGCCACGCUCAACAAGAACGGAGCAUUGGGAGACACCUUCCACAUGUCGUACGACUGGGCCGUGCUCUUCAUGCUUCGGUACCAGCUCGGCCCGACGCCUCCGGGCAGGACACAGACGCGGGCUCGCGCUCUGCCGCAAUCUCUGCAGGCGAGCAUUCGGACGUUCAAAGACUUUACCCGUAAAGUGAUCCGGGUCCACCAUCUAUCUGAUAGUUCGGUCGCCGUGAUGGAUGAGUUACACUUGUUUGUGGAUUUGAGGAGCUUUCGGGACCGGCAGCACCGAGCUGAGGGUUUGCAGUUCACCGGGUCGGUACCGCUGGUCACAGUUUGUCUGUCGGCGCUGGCCGACGGAACCGUGCUUCCCGCCUUGGUGCUGACCAAAGGACAGCCGAUCGAUGAGAUUCUGCCAGACUUUGUUGUGCUGGAAGUCAAUUCGCUGAAUCCGUCUGCCGAGGAGGCAUUUAAACUCUGGACUCAAAAGAUUUGGCUUCAGUAUAUUUCUGGGCCAGUUCGCCACAGAAACUCCAUGUUGGUUUUGGACCAGUAUCAAGACCACGUGGGAGACGUUUCUCUCAGUAACCUGAGUGGCUGGGGCACCCUUCCCGCCGUGAUCCCCGAAGGAUGUUCCUUCCUCCUGCAGCCUCUGGACCUCGGCAUCAAGCCGGCGCUGGAGCGUUUCUUGCGGGCUCGUUGGAACAAGUUCAGCGCAGAAAAGCCGAAAGAGCCUGAAGACGCCGCGGCACCUGGACAACUGCAAGACCUUGCCGCUCAGAUGCUGAUCCGCUGGACGGUCCAAGCCUUGACACGUCUCAAAGACCUCCGCCGGCUGUGGAGAAGGUCUUUUGAGAUUGCAGGGAUCCUGCCAGUGACAGAACCUGGUGAGGAAGGUUCUGACAGAGAGGAGAAGCAGCAGAAACUUCUACAGGAGCUUGAAGAGAUAUUGCUGUCCUCUGAAGACUGUUUGGACCUCGUACAAAUAGAAGGUGAAGAUGACUCUGACGAUGAUCAGAAGUCCGCAGAGAACAACGAAGAGGGUGAUCCGGAAGGCGAGGUAGAUCUAGAGGCUAAAACCAACACCAACCGGGAAAAGAUUAGUGAGGAGGACAGUCAGGAAGGAGGAGAAGAACCAGGGGGGGACACCAAAAUAGAUGGAGAAGAGCUUACAACGAUGGAGGAGGACAGCGGAGAAGAAGUAGAGAAGGAGACCGAGGACAGGAAGGAGGCCACCAAGGAGCGCAGAGAGACCAGGAUUAUGAUCGGAGAGGAAGUCGGCCACGAGUGGAAGAUAACCAUGAAAACGAGGAUGGAGAGGCCCCAGACGGACCAAGACAAGGUUCAAGAAAUGGAUCGGAGGUGAGGGUCAUUCAGGGUCAUUCGAGGACCCAAAGUGGACCAGCUGAAGUGUUGGACACUUUUGUGACUUUUGCCAUUGAUGUUGUUAAAAACUCCAUCAUCAGUCAUUUUGACUCGCGAACAUGGAAAGCUGGGUCCUGGCCUCGAGCUUCCAAACUGAGCUAGUUUUGGGUUAGGGUUAGUGUCGUUAACCUGAAGUCCCUCUCAUUGAACAGCAGCCAGCCCUGUUGGAACGCUCCAUGCAAACUCAUCUGUCACAUGCUAAUGAUAACUUAUAGCAUGUAGCCUAGCUUGCACAACAUGAGGGAGGAGCUCCUCAAAGGUACAAUUGUUGUUGUGGUUCUGUCACUUCCUGUCUGUGGCUUCUGGCCAAUCACGUGGCAUCAUCGCAGGUCGCAUGCUUACGGUGGGUGGGGCUAAUUAGUCGCCUGAAUGAUGCUCGUCAUUUCCUAUUUUUCACUAUAAAAGUCUUUGUUGUAAAUUUA